AUGAGACUCUCAGCCUUAUGCGCCGUGCUUAGUCUUUUGGUAGUAUUGUUCUUGAUCUCAGAAGUGACCUCAUGCUACGUAAAAGCCAAUGGCUGCUCUAUACCAGGAAAACUUCCAUUCUUCUACAAGAAGACAUUUAUAAAUGCUUGCAACAAACACGAUGUCUGCUACUACUGUGUAAGACUUGCUUCAUUUUCUUACUAAAAAAGGAUAGCUCAGGGACACGUCCAAACGAAUCUGGAUGCGCUGAAACCAUGGACAUGCUGAAACCGCGUACAUGAUAUUUGCGUCAACACGGUGUGGAGUAUCCGGUUUGGAUUCACCCGUCCACACGAAUACGCUACUGCGAUAUACAUUUGCUAAUUCCUGACUAGUAGCCUAAAAGGUUUUUCACUAGCCCCGGCGAAGACGUUUCGUUUUCUUAUUUUUUGCUCUGAGUUUUGGAAUUUUCUCUACUAAAUGCUUGCUGGUAGGUUUGCGAAAAUCGAGCCCGCAAUUAGUCUGCUACACAGCCGUUUUUAGUGUGGGUGCGACGGGUUUGGUGAAUUCGUGUGAACGACUGAAAGCGGCCAUUUGGAGUCAGCUACGUCAUAAACGCGGAUCCAAUCUUAAAUGAAAACUUUCGUGUUAAAAAAUGCCGUAAAAUCACAUUGCGGGCUAGUCUGCUACACAGCCGUUUUUGGUAUCUUUGAGUUGCCAAGUAGAGAAUUGGAGCUAAAAUGAUUAACUCUUCAAUAUUUGGCGAUUUUUAGUUAUAUAAUUCACUGAAUACUGAAGCGCGUUUUUAUAGGUCGAUACCGAUGUCAGCUGAGAACAUACACACGACUAAGUUCAUACAAAAAAAAAACACUUUUUUGUCGUUAUUUUUUUCUUCUUGUCUUGUACGCGUCGUUCCUUGUUAGUAGCCUGUCCCCAGCCCCCGCGCGUUUUUCGCAUUUCUUAUUACUGAACGACUUUCCACAACUAUCUCGGAGCCUGGAACAGGCUACUUGUUAGGGAAUCCGAAUUGCGGGAAAUUUUCGCUAAUAGAAACCGGAACGUACUCUUCAGGGAGAAGUUUUAUCCAUCGCGCUGUUAACAUCUGGAACAGCCUGCCGGACAACAUCGUUGCCUUGUAAAUGACACGGGAAUUCAAUCUUUUAAGAGCCGGUUGCACAUGUUUCUCCUGCAAUGUUGACUGGAAAUGGAACCUGCUGACUACUUAGUUCUAAACUUUUUUCCUUUUUUCUUUUUCUGUUGUGUAAGCUGCUGCGAACCACUGACUGGUCCAUUAGGUGUCACAUGAAGUAAUUUUUUUUUCUAUAUUUGAAUUACACUGUAAAUACUUGUACUUCGCCUUUUGGGCUAUUGUUGGCUCUAGCGUGUUAUAUAUAUAUAUAUAUAUAUUUAUUAUAUAGACACGAGUGUUUUACUGGAAAAUAUACCACUCGUAAAAUUCAUAAAAACUACAUCCGGGACCCGAGUGGUUUAUUUUCCAUAAUCUCACAAGUGAGUUUAUCGAUGACGUAAUUUCGGUAAUUUCUCUCUAUUGUUUUAUCCAGGUCUUUUUGUCUAUAUAAUAAAAAGAACAUUUUCAUGGCGGCUUGAAGAUAUGAAUUUUAUUUUCUCGUGGCAAAAACAAUAUUUCACUCACUCGCUGCGCUCGUUCGUAAAAUAUUGUUUUGUCACUCGAAAAGAAAAUUCAUAUCUUCGCGCCGCCGUGUAAUAUCCUCUAUAUAUAUAUGUUGUAGUUAAUUUUUUAUCUCAGGUAAUUUUUAUUUUUUCUUUAUUUCAACUUCAUUAGCAUACAUUAACAUACUCAAAAACAAAGAAAAACAAAAAUUACUUGAGAUAAAAACUUAACUACAACAUAUAUAUAUAAAUCAUAGAAUCGGAAGGGUUCUGUCAAUUGAAAAGAAAGAAAGAAUCUACAUUGUAUCAUGCAUUUUAACGAGGCAUUUGUUCGACAACCGUUUGACAGUACCUGCACAAAGGACGGUAAUUUUAGCUCGUUAGUGAAGGAGUCGCAUACUUCAUCCUACUGGGUUAAAGGAUCAGUUCUUAUAAUCUAAAUGAUCCUUUGAGUGCCUAGUUUGAAGAUCUUACCGUUUUUUUAAUUCAGGGUCGACAUUAUAAAUGGACGCGAUACCAAUGCGACAAAGCAUUCCAGGGCGACAUGAAAAAGGUGUGUAGCAACAAGUACCGCAAAGGAUGGUUGCGCAAGACAAGGCGCAGGAUAUGUAUGAAGUUUGCCGACGUCUACUACCGGGCAGUUAGAUUUGGUGGGGCUUUUUACUUUAAAAACCCGACACCAUCAUGGUGCCUACCUAGCUGCGCAAAGGAUCGUGGUAAUCCAACCAAAAGUCUUUCGCGCAAGAGCUAA